AUGGCGGCGGGGGGCGCAGCGGACGCCCAGGCGCGUUUCGGCCACUCGGUGAAGGGGCUUCUGACCGAGAAGGUGACGAGCUGCGGCACCGAUGUGAUCGCCCUCACCAAGCAGGUGCUGAAGGGCUCCCGUAGCGCAGAGCUCCUGGGUCAAGCUGCUAGAAACAUGGUGAUGCAAGAAGAUGCCAUCUUGCACUCAGAAGAUAGUUUAAGGAAAAUGGCCAUAAUAACUACUCAUCUACAGUACCAGCAAGAAGCAAUUCAGAAGAAUGUUGAGCAGUCAUCAAACCUACAGGACCAGCUGAGUCACUUGCUGAAAUGAAGCAUAGCUGAAGAAGGCACAAGGACAUCUCGACUGGCACUGAGGGCAGUGAAGUGUCCUUUUUCUUCCAGACCCUGAGGUUCAGACCUAUGUCUGGAUGAUGCUGAAUGUCAGCUGGGAUAUGUACAGAUUUUGUGUUUCUGGACAUGUGGCCCCCUCUUCUGUGCCUCCAUCCACAUCUCUGUUCCACAAUGCUUGUCUGCUCACCAGCACCUAACAAAUUUACUUGAAACUUUGCUCCAUCCCACAAUUCCUGUGUCCACUUCCCUCCCGUGUAGCGUGAGGUACUCAGCCCACAGCAGCACCCCAUGAAAGAAAUAAA